CAUCUCCCCUCCCGCCUACAGGUGUAUUUUUCUUUUCUCUGUUACGAGUCCCUGCGACGUCUCCUGAAGUCUCUCCUACGAAGUUUCUCGCAAAUCGAGCUCAGAUCUGAUAACGAUGCCUGCUAGACAUUGCUGCUGCUGCCUGCCUCUGCGCCUCGGUGCAUUCGUCAUUUCCCUCUUCCAACUUCUGGGCUCUGGCCUCAUUGCUGCUGUACUGUGGAUUGGGAUCGCCCAAGAGGGCGGGCAACUUGCGAAGAAUUACAAAAUUGCAGCGAUCGUUGCCGGUGUCUACUACUCUCUCGUUGCCCUUUCGUCACUCAUUGCUCUCAUCGGGACCUUCGUCCGUUCACGUCGCGCCCUCGCCCAGUAUGCUUACUGGCUGUGGUGGGCUGUCGGCGUCAACAUCGCCUUGGACGUCUGGAACCUCGUCAUAAUCUUCAGGACGGACAAAGACGAUCUGGUCAAGGACUGCGUCAACGGCUCGACAGACCAGAAUGUUAUCGACACCUGCAACAAGACGGUGGACAGCACAUGGUGGAAAGUCGUCGUUAUUGCGUCCAUGGUGCUCGGACUUUUAAUCCAGUGCUGGGCUGCAUACAUCGUGUCCUCUUACGCGCAGAAGCUGGAGGACGAGCAGUCGUGGAAGGCAAACGUCCCUCUCGCAACCGGUGCAAACUACCCAGGGACAGGCUACAAGUACGAGGCCGCCCCCGGACGUGCGUCCAUGGAGGCUCUCACUGGCGCGCCGGGCUACGCGCCCAACUACCCCUAUGCCGACACCAAUCAUUCCUUUGGCGCCAACGCCGCGCCGUACGACCCUCAUCAGAAGGUCUGAGCGUCGUUGUGAGGCGUGGAAGGAUAUGUGGUGAUAUCGGUCGACGAGUCGGGUUUGGAGGAUGCGGCGGAGGGCUUCAAAUUGAUUGACCACUGAGAUGGUGUUGGGCGGGCUGAUCGCAUGAUAAAUUAUUUUGUUGACCCCGCGGACUUUCUUCUGCUAAGCUGCGUUGUCAUUUUUUGAGACUGUUACAUAUGUAUGGAUUGCUCUCAAGCGGAGCAGCGUGUACAGAACCCGUGGGUAUACCAAAAAUACCAUAUCCCGAUGCCGGAAAUCUGUCGCGAG